ACGGACAGCCUUGUCGAGGACACAAACUGUACUCUGCUUACGGGCGCCGCCUCUUCGGCCACUCAGGCGGACUCGACGAUGUCUCCGCCAACUGUCCCCUUCCAAGUCGGCCGCAGCUUCACCACCUCCAACAGUACCGUCUCCUCCUCCUUCUCUCAGCUCAGCUCCACUCUGCUAGCCUCCCACGAUCUUGGUCCAGACAACAGCCUUGCUGGCCAUUCCGUCUACUUGGCCCAGUUGAUGUCGACCAGUUCGCCAAAUCCCAACGGCCUCCUGACCGCCUACGAGAAACCGUCCGUAGGCACCGGUGAUCCGGUCACCACCACCACCGGUGCCAGUCUCCUCUUACCGGAUUUCGCAUCGCCCCGACAACUGGGCCAACAACCCGAUGGCCUUGGCAACGAGACCAACGAGCCCAGAGGCGGCUGCGAUGGCAUUGGUGAGUCUGGAACCGGCAAGAUGGACACCGGCGUCACGAGUGAAUCUGCCGUCAGAUUGCGUUUACCAACUCCGGCCUUCUCGGGCCUGGGCAACACUGCAGCGAAUGCCACUUUCUCGUCUCUCCUCAUGUCCUCGUCACCAACCGCCCCAGCUCAACUCACCGAUCAAACGCAUGAAUUACACUCGCAGAGCUUCCUACAGACCCUCACCCUCGGAUCGGACGUCGAGGAGCCGGUCGGUGAGUCGAUCAACCAACUCCUGGCGCCCACCAGACAGCCAGCCUAUCCGGCUCCGGACGGCCUGACUCCCGGUCCGAGGGGACGCCAUUCAGCUGUACAACAGGGCGUCUAUCGCGUUCAAUCAUCGCAUAUGACCGGUGCAGAAAUGCUCGUCACCUCCGUGGCAUCCGCAGCCUCCACGACUUCCACGACUUCCGCGACCUCCGCGGCAAGCGUUUACACCGGCCUUUCUGAAGAGGCCCAGUUGACCGCGUACCUGGGAGGCCGGAUCGAGACCAGUCCGUCGGCCGGUCAGGCAGGGCAGCAUCAACCCAAUGACGCAUCCACCUUGAACUCACUUCCGACACAUGCACACCAGGUAGAACUGGACCAUCCGCACCCACCAGGCUUACAGCACCAACACCAACAUCCACUCCCACACCCACUUUCGCACCCACUCACACAUCAACACCAACACCCACAUCAACAUCAACAUCAACAUCAACAUCAUCAUCAACAACAGCUACACCAUCAACAACAACAACAACAACAACAACAACAACGGCAUCAACAACAACAACAACAUCAACACCAACAGCACCAACACCUACAGCAACAGCAACAGCAACACCAGCGCCAGGAGCCAUACCAUCUUCCCCUACACACAUUCAACGGUCAAACCCGGCUCAACGAACACCUGCUUCACUUGCCACUCCCGCAUAGUCACCAGCAUCAGCAUCAGCACCAACACCACCAGCAUCAGCAUCAGCAACAGCAACAACAUCAGCACCACCAGCUUCACCACGACCUCCAUCAUCACCACGCACAGAGUCAGCCGCCCACAUCACAUUCACACCCUCUCAUGACGACUUACUCGGACCCGCAUCACACACACCCACUGACCAGCCACGUUGGCCCAGGAGCCCAGGUGACUGGCUAUGCUGACCAACCUCAGUCCUCCUCGAACCUGAGCGAGCUUCAUCUACAGCCACAGUCCGAGGAACUGACGAGUGGACUGCUCGAAGAGGAAAAAGCCAGUCGAGCUGGAGGCAUUGUCGUAUCCUCCUUCAGGGAACAAAAUAGGAUUGUUGAGCAACCCUCCUCCACGACCUAUAUUCCGGUGAGCAGGUACAAUGUGACCAAGAGGAAAGAGAGGUUAUUCAAGAGAUGUAUUCAGCCUAUUUCGUUUAAGUUGAUGAAGGACUGGUAG